AUGUCUGACUCGACCCUUUAUCUCUACACCUCCCUAACGGCGGGGUCAUCCCAUAUCGUCACUGCAACGGCGCGGAUCGAGACGAUCCUCAAGGCCAACAAAGUGCCCUUCCGGGCAAUCGACAUCGCCACGGACGACGCUGCACGGAGGCUAUGGGGGCGGAAAGGCCGGGGGAAGAAGAUUCCAGGUCUGGUGAAAUUCAACCAGGUUGUAGGAGAUCUAGAAGAAGUCGAAGAAUGGAAUGAAUACGGAGAGCUACGAAUGGUGAUCAACGCCGUUGAGGAUCUGGACAGUAUCCCCGCCGAUCUGACCGAUUCCACCGCCAGCGCCACCGCAGCAGUCGUGGCGUCUACUCCGCAGGCGACGCCGCAGGUUCCCAAGCAGAGUACGAUACAGAUCCAGAGUCCUCCUGCCAAGAAGGAGAAAAAAGAUGAGCAGGCUACGCUGGCGCUGAGACAGGCUAGUCUGGAGGCAGCGUCCAAGGCUAAGGAACAGAAACAGGCGAAGCUGGAAGCGGCGACUGCAUCGAAAUCUACAACUGGCGAGAAAGUGGAGGAGAGGAAGGAGGAGAAGGAGGAGAAGAAGGAAGAGAAGGAAGAGAAGGAAGAGAAGGAGAAGGAGGAAGAGACAAAAGUCGCCCAGGAAGUGAAGCGGCCGUCGCUCAUUUCCGAGGUGGCUGCCGUUUCGACUGCAGAUAUGCAUGCCGACACGGGCGUACGGGAACACCAUCGCACCUCGAUCGUCUCGGCCACUUCGGACGCGGAAAAGGAACAGGUCGCCAAGGACCUUCGCAAGUCCAUCUCUAGCGGUCGUCCGGAGUGUGUUAGCGGGCUCAAGAGUGAGAGGGAGGGCGAGAACGAAGCGAAAGGCACCGCAAAGGAUGAGGCGGUUAUCAAGGAGGAACCGGAGGAACCAGAGGCAGAAGCCACCACGGUACUGGCGGAGAGUGUUAGCACUCCCGGGGAUGCUGGGAAGGAUGGAGAGGAACCUCUUACUCAAAAGCAGGAUCCCAAGGCGGCUGAAGAGGCUACCACCAGUGUCGAUGAUUAA